AAACGCAAACUCCACUUUAUGCCGCAAAAAUUCAAAUCGCUGCGUGAGGUGCCCGCCUACUCGCGGUAUUUACGGGAGCGUUUCUUGCGCUGCCUCGAUCUGUAUCUCUGUCCGCGUGCCAAGCGCGUUAAGCUGAACAUAGAUGCAGAGUAUCUAAUACCCAAGCUGCCGUCGCCCCGUGAUCUACAACCAUUCCCUACGGUGGAGAGCAUGGUUUAUCGUGGACACACAGAUCUGGUGCGCUCGGUUAGCGUUGAGCCAAAGGGCGAAUACAUGGUUUCUGGCUCUGAUGAUAAGACAGUAAAGAUCUGGGAGAUUUCUACGGGUCGCUGCAUCCGCACAAUUGACACGGAGGAUGUGGUGCGCUGUGUGGCUUGGUGUCCCAAUUCCAAGCUGUCCAUCAUUGCCGUCGCCACGGGUAGUCGUCUUCUGCUCAUCAAUCCCAAGGUGGGCGAUAAGCUUAUAAUCAAAAAGACGGACGAUUUGCUAGCAGAGUCACCUAAUCUGGAUGUUAUUGAUAACGAACGCAUUAAGACUGCCGUGCAGUGGGCCAAUGCGGAUACACAAGAGCAGGAGAAGGGCGUUCGCGUGGUAAUCACACACUUUAAGCCCAUACGACAGGUAACCUGGCAUGGACGUGGCGAUUAUUUAGCCACAGUAAUGCCCGAGGGCGCCAAUCGCUCGGCACUCAUACAUCAGCUGUCCAAACGACGCUCGCAGAUACCCUUCUCCAAGAGCAAGGGAUUGGUACAGUGUGUGCUCUUCCAUCCCGUCAAGCCAUGCUUCUUUGUGGCGACCCAACACAAUAUACGCAUCUAUGACCUGGUAAAACAGGAGCUAAUCAAGAAACUGUUGACCAACUCCAAGUGGAUUUCUGGCAUGUCUAUUCAUCCUAAAGGCGACAACUUGCUAGUGUCGACGUAUGAUAAGAAGAUGCUGUGGUUCGAUCUGGAUCUAUCCACCAAACCGUACCAGACCAUGCGUCUGCAUCGCAAUGCAGUGCGCAGUGUUGCCUUCCAUUUACGUUAUCCACUGUUUGCCUCGGGUAGCGAUGAUCAGGCAGUAAUUGUCUCACAUGGCAUGGUCUACAAUGACCUUUUGCAAAAUCCUUUAAUUGUGCCGCUCAAGAAACUGCAAACACAUGAGAAACGCGACGAGUUUGGUGUGCUGGACGUCAACUGGCAUCCUGUGCAGCCUUGGGUCUUCUCUACGGGAGCUGAUUGCACCAUACGACUGUACACAUAAGUCACAUUUAUGUAUAUGCUAUAAACAAAUAGUUUGUAUUUGAAAAAUAUAAUCGUUAGUCAAGAAUGUAACGCAAA